AUGGCUCGCGAGCAAGGUAUCCUAAGCAGCGGGCAAGAUUCAUCCGGGCUUCUUCAAGCAGGAUUCGUCCAGAAAGCGUUUCACGCCCUUGUAACACAAUACCCGCAGCUUAGCUCCAAGCCUGCAAUCGAUGCAUAUGUGCUCAAGAGCCUGGAUUCCGUUGUCCCAGUCCUGUCCAAUGCCACAAAAGAUAUCACCUACCCACUCGACCGGCUGAGCAACGGAAACGGAUUGCUACGAGCAUGGCAAGAGACAAAGAAGGAAACAUACCACACCACCGUUACGGCACUGCGACACAGCGUUGACCUCCAGCCCAGAACCGCAGAAGGAGGACUAUGGUACUACAUCUACCCCCACUGGGGCUAUCUGGAUGGCAUGUACAGCUUCGCCCCCUUCAUGGCCGCUUACAGCCAGGCCGUAGGUAGUAACAAACCGGAUUGCCCGUCAGCCAUUGUGCAGCAGCUCGAUCUGCUGUGGCGCCACUGCUACAACGACAAGACGGGGCUGCUGGUGCAUGGGUACGAUGCCCGCCGCGCGGCAGUGUGGGCGAAUAGCAUCACGGGCGCGAGUCCGCACGUCUGGGGCCGCAGUCUGGGAUGGUUCUGCAUGGCGCUCGUGGACCUUUUGGAGCUACUUCCUGCUUCUGCGCGCGAAGCCAGAGCCUAUGUCGAGGGCAAGUUGCAGAUGCUCAUGCCGGCCGUGGUGCGCGCGGCGGAUGGGCGGACGGGGGGUUGGUGGCAGGUCAUGGAUGAGCCGGGGCGGCAGGGGAAUUAUAUUGAGAGUAGUGCGAGCAGCAUGUUUGUGUAUGCGCUGCUGAAGAGUGUGAGGCUGGGGGUGUUGGGGCGGGGCGGGGAUACGGACGUGUAUGAGCGGGUGGCACGCAGGGCUUACGAGUAUGUUGCUGACAGCUUUGUGGUGCACAAUGGGAAUGGGACGCUGGGGUGGAAUGGGACGGUGAGUGUGUGCAGUCUGAAUUCGACGGCUACGUACGAGUAUUAUGUUGGGAGGCCGAUUUUGUACAACAGCGUCUUGGGCAGUGGGGCGUUUGUGCUGGCGAGCUUGGAGUAUGAGCGGCUGGGUCAGAAAUAG